CCAGUAUUAACAGCAGUAUUUAUGAACAGUUAUGCUGCACAGCAGAUUAGAACAGGACUGAGGAGAUGCAACAACAGUUGCAGAUGUCGAGGAUGAUUUCACAGGUGUCCCUGUUGAGGGCGCUUUGCUAUGUGCUGUUAAUGCCAGGUUUGCUCGAAGCAACAUCUUUAAUGAAAGUAAAGAAUCCUGCAGUUAACAUUGACUCUACUAAGGCUCAUGAUUUCCUGACUAACUCGCGACCUAAGAGAAACAUUGACCCAAAGUGGUACCGAGGCGCUCCUGAUUUCCAGUCCUACUACCGCUUCUAUAACAGUAUUGGACACAUUGAAGGACUCUAUGAGAUCGACAGGAUCAGGAUGUUGUAUCAGCAGAUGCGUCAUUUGGAGCUGACCUAUGGCCCAGAUGCCUCCAGUUACCAAAGUGUCAUGGGUGUGCUCACAAGCACUGCAGCACCAACUACAACCACUCAGCCCCCCACCACCCCUGCUCCUACACCAGACCCUCUGGAGAACGCACCAAGGUUCUAUCUGUGUAACCCCAGAGACCCACUGUGCAAACCUAAGAUCGUCUACCUUCCGACAGGGGCUGUUCCAGUACUGUGUGACCCACGAGUCAACCCUGCCUGCAUACCCAAAACAGAGGUGGAGAUAAAAGCUGCUGCUCCUCCCCAACCACCUCCAGCUCCUCCUGCUCCCAAAAAAUCUGCCCCACCUCCUCCUCCUGUUCCUAAAGCAAUGGAGUACGACUGUGACCCAUACUGGGACCCUGACUGCCUCAUCGAUCACCCUCCCCGCCCCAUCCAGGAAACAUCAGCACCAGAGGCACCUGCUGAGGAGAAAGUGGAGAAAGAAGAAGUAGCAAUUGUUGAGGAAAUUGUCCCUGCAACACCAGCCUCCAAGAAACCCCUCCACCCUUACUAUGACCCUUAUGAUUUUAAACGGGACCUUUAUGACCCCUUUCGUUAUGCCAACCCAGCUCCACAGUAAAAACAAAGCGCUUAAGAAAUAAUAGGAUAAAGUUCAAAUCAUGCAAAUCAUCAGAUGUUGUACAGACAGACAUGUUGACAAUGAUGUUACAGUAUGAUCACUGUUUUUCCACAUGACAAACUCACACUCUGACCGAUUUGUAUGCUGUUCAUAAGAAUGCACAAAAACUUUUGUAUGGAAUAAAAACAAUUAAAAAAGAAUAAAAAAAUUAUUGACU